UGAUCUCUCAUGUUGGCUCAACGAUAACGUGUUCAGCUUGUUCUAGGUCUGUCUAUCCUUCAACCUAUGUCUGUGUGUUGAAUUAACCGGUCAUUAUUCCGCCUUGGUACAUGUGACAAUACACAGGGUUAGGUCAAUGUUUGUGUUGGGUUUGUGAACAUUUGUCAACAACAAAGAGUCAUCUUUCAGUAUGUCUGCAUUUCUUUCUAGCUAUUCUCCAUUAGUCAAAGUGUAACUGUCUUGACUUUCUUACAUUACUACAAAUAGUGUGUCACUCUCACAGUAUAAUGAUAUGUAUAGAUAGCAAUGUACAUUUUGCUUCUAUAAUACCCAACGUUUUUUUUCCACAUAAAAAAUCCUUGCUGACUUGAGUUAGUCUACUAGAGUCCCUAAAACUCAGCCUCAUGGGGACCAAAGGGUGCCUAGAUAUGGAGAUUAAAAAGCGAAAUACAGAAAGUACACUAGUGCACUUGUAUGUAUUGUUUGUCUGAGAAUACAGAGAAGAAUCCACUGCUCUAAUACUCUUUACAGUGCAUAAAGGCAUAAAGCCUUUACAUCAUUCAAAUAAAAAAAAAUGAAUACCGUGCAUGGUGUAAUGUAAUGUAAUUGAUAAGACAUAUCCCAGAACAAUACUUAAAGAUGGCCUAACUAUCGAGUGUCGAUUCUUUUUAAGCACUCUACUCUAUUUGAUUGUGAAAUUGUUUAACUGAUUUACUGAAUAUUUAUAAUUCGCGUUGGAUCAGCUUUAUGUGACAGGAGAAGAAAUAAUAUUAAAAGAAAAAAAAAAAACUGCCUCAACUUAAAGAUAUCGAUCUUGUUUUAUACGGGGUCCAUCUGUCUCACUGAGUAAAUUAAGGGUUGUGGCAUGAGGGGUUGAGCUUGAUGUAAGCUUGGACGAACAUUAUAGGAAAAAAAAAAAAAGAUUAUGUUUAUAAGCAAAAAAAAAAAAGUCCAACAGGCCCAAGACGUUGAAGGUAGCCAUGUGUGACUGGCUAUUUAAUUACCCAAGAGUUGACACGUCAUGUGUUAUUUGAGAUGGUAAACAGGACUGGGUUGAGAAUUGCGUGACUAUGCCUUGAGAAAGACUUCCUAUUAGGACUUGGUUUCUUCAGGAAAGUCUGCUGCUUCGUUGGUGUUCCCGCCUUUAUAAUCGUCUGCUUUUGUGUUUUAUUCUCAAGUGUGCCAUUGAGGGAUGCCUAAUUCUUAGGAGUCUAUUUUUAGAUAGAGGGCUGUUGUCCUUCCACAUUUCUGACAUUACGGAGCCGUGUUUGUGUCGCUAACUUUUGUUUGAACUGUUCAGACAAGCUGAGAACACACACGCACUCACUCACACGCACUUAGACGCGAAUGAAAUCUUGCUGUGGACUUAAAUAACAAAGUACCUGUCCUCAGUCAACCCUUUCUCUUCUACACACACACACACACACGUACACACAAAAUACACAAUUAUGGAAACAGUAGCUCCACGAAUCGACAUUCCUAAUCUUGUGUGACCGCACCCCCCCCUUUUUUUUCCGGGUCUCAUUUAGUCCAAGUAGGCCUAUAAAAAUAGUGUGUCACCAGUGCAGUCCUAGUAUAGUUUUAAAGCCCUUUCUAUUUCAUUGCUGUGUGUCAGGUCUAUAUUCAGCAACAGUCCUAUUGUCUGAUGUUAUCUCUAGUGUACAUCCUGCACAUCAAUAUACCACAGAGUGGAUUAUUGGGACUGAUGCUAACAUACCAGUCGUGUGACCGUGUGAACUCUAUCGCUUGAUGCUGGACACGUUGAUUUGUCCCACGGAAAUGUUUGCAUAAUUGAUUGCCUUAGUUUGAGUGUGUGCACCGUGUUUCCUUGCCUAGGCCAGCAGUUUGGACUAACGUGGUUCAAUGAGGAGCUGAAUGAUCGAAAUGGGUUGCUCAAUACAUUGGAAAGUCUGGUGCUAUAGGACAAUGUCCUGAACUAGUAGCCUCAAGAUUACUUACUUCAAGGCUGAGGGAUGAAGAAAGGACCGUCCAAUCCGACACUUAGUGUCAGGAUAAUCUGUCCUGAUUCAGGCACAGAUCAAAGUGAUGAUGAAGCCUUCUCACCUAAUGACCAACAGCUCCAAAGUCCUUCUGGUUCUCUCAUCUCUUCCUCUACAACCAGUAGCUACAGACGGAAUCAAGCGUGCUUAAUGCAUUCUCUGACAGGCAUGUGCUUCCCCUGGUCUUCAAACAGCAGCAAACAGGACUCUUUGGAUUCAAGGAGAUCUGGGCCCAAUUUCGGACGUUUCUAUAACACAAGUUAUUUAGGAAAAGGAAAAGCAGUUUUCGUUAAAGGUGCCCCAAUAACAGUGAAGGAGAAAGAAAAACCAGCACCGAGUGGUUCCCACUUUCACAGGCCACCAAAUUUCACAUACUCCAAGGAACCUCCAGAUUUUCUCAAGAAAAAAACUUCAGGAAUGUCAGCACUUGCAUCAGGACAAAAGAGGAUUGUCAAAGUCCGGCGCAGUUCCUCCCCUGCUGACCUGAAAGCCCAGGAACCUAUUCGUAUGAGCAUGUUUCCUAGUGCCAAGCCUAAACUUCCGAAUGAAGUAGAUAAAAUAGAGAGAGAUGAUUGGCCGGCACCUGCAUCACCAGCAGCCAUAUUGCCAGAAAUAUUGCGGCAGCGCAGACGGAGUCGAGGUGAAAAAGAUGAUGACGAUGAAGAGGAAGAAGUGCAGGAAGAUCCCAAGAUCAAACGUGAACUGGAGGAGAUCUCUAAAAUUAAGGAUGAAAGUGGCAUUGGCAGAGUUAUCUACAAGGAGUUGGAUAAGCUUAAAGCAAAGCCCCACAUGCCUCUUGACCCCUGGAAGGCCUCUAGAGCCCCAAGUGCUAAGUUUGAACCUAGGUACCGGACAAGAUAUCAAUCUCCUAUGUUUGCUUCACCCUCUCGAUUUCUGGAUCGUCCUCGCUAUGCCUGGGAUGAUAGUGAUAUUAGGACCUAUAGAUCUGCAUCAACUUUGGCUAACUUACCAACACCCAAACCUGGUUAUGGCCCUUCGUACAUGACACCGCGAGCUGCAACAUUACCAUUAGCUGGUGCUUAUGGAGCAAGGGUUGACUUUAGAUACUUUGACUUUGGGGAAUCUGAUGGAAGAGAAAGAUCAACACACACCUCUUCAUCUACAUUGACUGGAGACACAAGCUCCAGAAGACAUGAUUCCUCUUACACUGGUUAUGAUGGGCCAAACAUCUCCUUGUUACAGUUACAGAAGAAUACUUGGCACACUGAGAUAGAACCCACUAUGUAUCCCUAUGAGAAGCUAAAGAUUACAAAUUUUGACUUACCUAAAGAUGUGGAUACCAAUCAGCUGGAGAUUCACCUUUCAAACCAAGAGUUUGAGAAUUUGUUCAAAAUGCCUCGUGAGAACUUUUACAAGAUGGCAGAGUGGAAGCGCAAUGAUAUGAAACGCAAGCUUCAUUUAUAUUAAUAGUCUUUUAAGUAGCGCUCUAAUACACAUCUGCUGAUAAGUUUUCAAACUACAUAGGGAGACAAUAAAAAUGUACAGAUAUGUUUUUGUAUAUUUAAGAAUAUAUGCAAAGUGGGCUGAAUCUAAAUAUUAAACAUUUCAGACUAGUUGGGGUGGGGGGAUUAUGUUUUUAUUAAUAAGUUUCCAUUUGGCUAAGUAUUCUUUAUUGAACAACUUUGUGGCUGUUUUUGAAAUGGUGCUUUCUGUUUUUGUAUCUUGUACAGACUUUUUAACAAACUUCAAUGCCUUCUUAAUUGUACAUAGUCACUAGCCUAUGAUCAGCGUUUCAUCUUAAGUGUCAUCUGUUUUAUCUAGCUGUGAAACGUAUGGUAGAGCUCUGACAGUUUUAUGGGUGUGACAUUUUCAUUCUAUUUUAUAUUAUUUAUACCAUUUUAAGACAGUUUGAUAAUUUGUAAACAAUUUAUAUAUUUUAAAACAAAUUUUUUUAAUGAGCAAAAGUCUUUCAUAAGAGGUUAGUUCUUCGGCAAGAAAAGAAAAAAUUCAGAUGUCUCAGAAAUAUUUUCUGUAAUCCAAUGUAACUUUUAUAUAUAUAUAUAUUUUUUUUCAUUUAUAUUAAUUUGUUUUAUAUACAUUCUAGGUUUAAAAGUUUGUCUAGGUUUAAAAUGUUUUGAAUUGAUAGUACAAGCUUUGCAUAUUUUCUAUUUUUAAACUUUGGGUUGUGUAAUUAUUUAUUUUUGGAAAACCUGCUUGUUUUCACCAUAUCCACAUGUAUAGAGGUUGUGUUGUUGUUAUUUUACAUGGAAUGUAGCAAGGCAUUUACUGUAUUGAAAAGCUAAGUCAACUGUUAUUUCUUUAUACAAAUACUUUUUUUUUAACUCUAAAAGUUCAAAGUAAGCCAUGUUAUUGAAAUCAACACUCUUCUGUCUGUAUGUGUUGUGAUAAUUUUGUCAGAGGUCCAAUUAGUCAACUAAAUGCACAGUAGAUUCCUUUUUUUUUUGUUCUGAAAUAUCUGAAAAGAUUGUCAUAAUUUUAAUCUUCUCUGAAUAAACAAAACUUUUAGAUCUUUAGCAUUAGAUAUCAAAUGGUUUAUUAUUUGAUUUUGCAUAAGCCAAGAACUCAUUCUAGGCUCUAAACUGCAGAUUCUGGUGCCUGUGUAUUAUUUUAUUUUCCCCAUUUAUUUAUUAUUGAUUGAUUUGUAAAGGUGGCAUGUCUAGUUAUUAGUCUUGAUGCUUGGCUUGUAUUUAUUUUGUUUCCUCGUGUAUGUAUUCAAUCCUAGAGCAUAAUAAUACAAGAAGGAAAGCUAUUUAAUCACAUUCAGAGAUGAAAAACACAUUCUUGUUCUGACUUGAUAAGUCUACCCUGCUACACAUUUUAGUAUUGUGCAAUGAUUUAUACAGUUUUGUUUUUUAGUGGUUUAAUUAGAAACUUAUAGUGUUUGUUCAAGUUUUUAAGUGCAUUAGUUGUAUGUCAGUGCCUCGGUAUUGGCUGUGUUAGUAUAGUAUUACAAUUAUUAACACUGAUCAAAACCUUAGUAUUUAUAUACAAGGGAAGUUAUCACACAAUGCACCUAGUCUUUAUUUUUUUUCUCCUUUUAAAUAAGAUUUCUUAUGUACUCCAGAAUUUAUUUAGUUCUUAGAGAGAAAUAUAUAUUGCCUUUGUAUUUCUCUUUGCAUGUCCAUCAUAUGUUCCAUUCUGUGUUGGCUUACUAAAUAUUGCACUUGAUGAUAGUAAGGACUAUUACAUUUCAUAGUAUAUUUAUCAUUUCCUAGGGUUGUCCAUUGAAUGUUCUAUGAGUCAACAGUGAACAUCUAUUUGCCAAUUGUUGAAAACCAGAAUUAAAUCUUGAUUUUAAAUUGUUUCAACUUAUUUAGCUUAGUGAUAUUCACUUCACCCUACAUAUAGUAGUCUCAGAGUGAACUUUUUUUUUUCUUGUAUCAUUGAAAAGAACAUAAAGACAAGAGAAACAAGGCCAGUGAAAGCUUUUGUUUUACAUUGUUUAAUUGUCAUUUACAAAGUUGCUAUAUAAUGUACACAAAAUAUAGAUGGAAUAGACAAUUAAAAAUAUAACAAAAUGACUACACCACUCAA